AUGCCUCCCCUCGCACAUCGACCGCCUGGCGGUCGUCGUGGAGGAGGCACUUCAGCCUUCAUGCUGACAUGGGCCCUUCUCUUCCUCCUUGCGGCCGCGUCCCAGCAGCAGUCCCUGCACCAAGCAGCCAAACCAGACACCCUCAUAGCCUCUACCCAUACUCCCAAUCCUUCCUCCAACCGACGGAACCAGGCUGGCCGCAGUCCACCUGAAAUCCCUCUCCUCAAACACGACAUUACCACUGUCAAAUUCCGAAGCACCGAUGACGAUGCUACACACCAGAAAUUCAAUGCCUUGGCUCCAGCACAAGAUGUCAGUGCUGUCCGAGCACCGCUUGCACAGUCUGCCGAGUCCGUUAGUGGACUCUCUGCGCUUCCUCAAGCGCGGCUGUUGCAGGAUUGGGAGGCCGAAGAUCUCGUGCUCAUUGUUACUGUCGAUGGUCAAAUCCAGGCCAGAAGCAGAAAGAACGGCGAAAGGGCCUUGUGGGUCCUCGAGCCCUCUAGCCCUAUGAUACAGACCGUCCACCACUGUCACAACAAUACGGACGAUGAUGAGUCAAACUGUGACCACGACUAUAUCUUCCUGGUCGAACCCACCAAAGACGGAAGUCUCUACAUUCUCUACAAGGACCCGCAGAUUGGGCUGCAGAGACUGCAGACCACCGUGCGAGAACUCGCCUUAGACACACCCAACUACCUCGACACCCCUCCAUUGGUCACGGUCGCUACCCAGGAAACCACCGCCUACGUGAUCGAUGCAACUUCGGGCACCAUUCUUCAGCAAUUUUCCAAGGACGGUGCCGGCUUCCUCGACAAUGAACAAGAACAAAAGUGCCGCCGCUUGACAGGCCUCGAAUUGGAUGAUCCCGCCUGUGCCUCCAAGGGUUCCAUCAAUCUCGGCCGUGUUGAAUACACUGUUCACAUCAGCAACAAGGUCACAAGACAAAAUCUCUGUACUAUCAAAUAUUCCGAAUGGGUCCCCAACAAAGCAGAUGGCGAUCUGCAGGCGCAAUAUAUCAACCCACUUGAUUCUCUGCACAUCCAGACUAGCUUCAAUGGCAAGAUUAUGGGGCUUGAUCACACUGAAAGCAAAGUACAUCGUUGGCAGGGCAAGCUCGACACACCUGUGGCACGAAUAUUCGACGUUGUGCGCCCUAUCGAUACAACAGAUGACAACACGAAUCUGGUGCUGCUGUCAAGACCAUUGGACUCGCCAAACUUGAUCCCCGCCGAGUUCUGGCGAAACGAGAAUCGACGCACGGAGAAAGUUUUCCUCAAUCAAACUGAAGCUGGCAUGUGGUACGCUCUGUCAGAAGUCUCCUAUCCGGGAGUCACCGCUGGAGCUAAUCAAGCUCGUGCCAGCUGGGACGAUGACAGCAAUCCCCUAGAUUUUCGAAACCACAAAGACGAUAUUGUUGGAAUCCACACAAUCCUUGGUGGCCGCCAAAAUGCUCCUGUCAGGCUCACGAUCGAUGGUAGCCCGCCGGAAUCUGGCAUGGUCCUAGAGCCUGAAAAGGCACUGAACCCACCGCCAUCAAACACAACAGACGCCCUCCUGUCAUCCGUUAGCAACAAUUGGUCUCUGAUCAUCAACAUGAUCUUGGUCUCGAUUAUGCUGAUGCUGAUGGGCGUUCAAUUACGCAUACCCGCCUUCUUGAAGCUACAACGCUAUCUGAGAAAGGCCGGCGUCGAAGUGGUUAUUGAUCCUGGCAAAUCACCCAUCGCUACAUCCUCACGCGAGCCAGAAGUAGACCACGUUGAAGUCGAAACACGGAUGCAACCAGAAGAGACGACCGCGGAAGCGGUCGCUGAGGCAGUGGACUUGGCCAUGGUUACGCCAGCGCGCAGCAGAACUCACAGCAGCACGGGUCCAAACAUUAGCCCCAAGAAGGAAACGAAGGUCGAUGAUGAUUACAUCGAUUCGGAGGGCGAGUCAGACGAUGAGAAAGUUUCUCCAUCUGCAAAUGAGAACGGGGACGCCGCCGAACCAAAGCGCAAGGCCAAGCGAGGCAAGCGAGGCGGUAGAAAGAACAAAAAGAAGUCUAUGAACCCCGAAUUAAUGGACGAGUCUUCCACUUUAGCAGUCGAGGCGGCGUGCAAAGACGGCAUGACACAAGCUGGCAGGCUCAAGUUCAAUACCGCUGUCGAGCUUGGACGGGGCAGCAACGGCACAACAGUCUUUCCAGGCUUUUUUGAAGGCCGUGAAGUUGCCGUCAAGCGACUUCUCCGAUCAUCCAACAGUCUCGCCGCCAAAGAGAUCAAGCAUCUACUGUCUAGUGACGAGAACCCUCACGUCAUCCGCUACUUUGGUAAGGAGGAGUCGACCAAUUUUACGUACAUUGCGCUCGACCUCUUCACAACCUCCCUUGACCAAUUUGUCGAGAGACCCUUGCAGUACCCUAAUCUUGUCAGACUCCCAGCAGGCUUCGACAAGAAGGAUUGCUUGCUUCAGAUCACACAGGGUGUAUCCCAUUUGCACUCCCUAAAACUGGUGCACCGCGAUAUCAAGCCGCAGAAUGUCCUCGUCAAGGCCGUCAAGACCAAUCGCCCAACAGACGGCCUUCCCAAGCUGCAUUUCGUCAUUUCGGAUUUUGGACUCGCGAAACCAUUGGAGGAAGGCCCAGAGUCAGCAUUUGCUCCUACUGCCAAUCACACCGCUGCUGGCACUACUGGAUGGCGAGCACCUGAGCUACUUGUCAGCAAUCGAGACGAAAUCGCCGCUCCCACCGCUAAUUCAGUACACUCGAGGUCCACCAAUCAUUCUGCAGAUGGCAGUACCACCGUUCUCGAUCGUCCAUCGGGUCGUCGUGCUACCAAAGCCAUUGACAUUUUCUCUUUGGGUUGCGUCUUCUACUAUGUCAUGACCCAAGGUUGCCACCCCUUCGAUAUUGGAGGCACUUCGCUCGGACGCGACCUAAACAUCAAGGAAAACCGCUUCAGCACCCAGGACCUACGAUUGCACAAUUACCAAUUUGACGCUGACGACCUCAUCAUGCAAAUGCUCAAACAUGACCCCAAGCACCGCCCAGAUACACAAGCUGUGCGCAAGCAUCCCUACUUCUGGCCCGUCGAAGACAAACUUGACUUCCUUUGCGAUGUCUCGGAUUGUUACGAAAAGGAGAAGAACAGCAUCAAGAACAUCCACGAUGAGAACGCUGUUCGUACCGAAGCCGAGCUCGAAUCGCUCAUGGAACUAGCCGCCCUCGAAGAGUUGGGAUCAGACGUAAUAGGACCAACCAAGGACUUCUUGCGAGCUUUGCCGAGGACUUUCCUGACCGAAAUGGGUAAGCAACGGAAAUAUACCGGCAGCAAGAUGAUCGACCUGCUACGCGUGAUACGGAACAAAAAAAAUCAUUUUCAUGAUCUACCAGAGGACGUCAAAGAGAACAUGCUGGGGCUGGCUGCGGGGGUCGAGGACGGCAGACGGAUCACUGCGGGUUACUACGAAUUCUGGGCCAAGCGAUUUCCGAGUCUGCUUGUGAACUGCCACUGUCUCAUCUGGGAACGUGGUCUGGUCCAACGGAUGGGCCUGGGUCGGUAUUAUUUGUAG